AUAGCAGGCUGCAUUGAUAGUCCCAACCAAAAGUCAAUCCACAAGAUAUCUUACCCAUACUUGAAGAUAUAUUCUAUGAUGCAGACUUUGAUUAUGAAGUCACCCUAUUAAUCGCCACUACCUAUCAUUGCACCUCUAAGCUAGCAUUGUUGCUAGGAUACCCCAUACCGUCGCAACUUGUGGAAUUCAGCUUAGGCAAAAGCAGUCGAAAUGGGCUCAGCAUCAAACUUCGCCAAGACAAUCAUCAUCCCAGCCGCCAUCUCCCUAGCGCUCUACCUUCUCUUGUCGUUCCUUAUAAUCCCUUUCUUCCGUCGCUAUCACCAACGAUACUCACAAUAUCUUCCCUUACACACCAUCUCUGCGCAUACCUCCACACUCCGGGACCGUAUCGCUGAUGCAAUGAUGCGUCUAUUUCUACCGACAGCAUGGCGACAACAGGCACGAUUUGACGACCAACACGAUAACAUUAGUAUCUUUGACGAGGAAGGAGAGAUCAUGGUUGGGAUGGAUAUGGACCCUGCACGAAGGGAAGCCCUGGAACGACGGCGCAGUACUGUUGCCGAAGCAGAAAGCCGACUCAGUCGUGAGCUGGAAGAAGGAUUUAUGGACGACAGUGAUGAAGAGGGAGAUGGUCGACAAGGCACAAGAGGACAUUGAUAUUCCUUCGUAGACAUUCACGGGUCCGUAUGGCGUCUGAAACGGCUUAGACAAGAUAAAUACCUGCGACUAUGUCCGCUGCAUCAACUAUCCUCUCCAACGUACCCUUUCUGCA